AUGAUUAUUCCGGUGCGGUGUUUCUCGUGCGGAAAGGUGGUUGGAGACCUGUGGGAGCGGUAUCUGCGACUUCUGGACGAGGGUGUCCCCGAUGGUGACGCGAUGGACCAGUUGGGCUGCAAGCGGUACUGCUGCCGAAGAAUGCUGAUGACACACGUCGACCUGAUCGAGAAGCUUCUCCGGUACAACCCAGCCGAGCGAGACCGCGCAAAGACCAACCUGUAA